GGUGAGAAGAGGAAUUAAACGGCAACUUGCGCUUCGUCAAUGUCGCCAAAGCGGCGCCGGUGAAGCGUCGUCGAGGGUUAAAAAUAUACCGGUUUAGCCUUCUACUCUGAAUUCCAGCUCUUUUCGAAAACUGUUUUGUCGAAAGUGUUCCGACACGUUGAGGUGGCUCCGAGCUUUUUGGCCGGCGCGAGUGUACAAGUUUCGCGGAGUCUGUUGCAGCGAAUCGCGCAGCGUAAACGUUGAAAGGACGAAAAGGACGAAAAGCAAAGGCAGAGAGAGUCUUCAAUUUUGUCAUUCUCUCUCUCUCUCUUUCUCUCUCCUUUUUUGUUUCUUUGUCGUUGAGAGGAGGGGAAAGGGGAAAGGAGUGUGAAAUCGAAGUGAAAGACUGGGGUGACUGACUGGCUGGUGGUGUAUGUACACUUGGAGAGAGGAAGGGUGAAAAAAAGAAAAUAAAGAAAAGGGAGGAGAAUUUCGCGAGGAAGGCGGCCAACGUGUGUGACAUAGAGGGUGCGGAGAAAUGCAGUGGCGCCGGCAACGGAGGGUUAUCCACGUGAUCGGCUCCUCGAAUCACGUUCUACUUUUAGCGAGGUACCAAGACGCUCCACCCGGCGAAGAGGACGAAGAAGAAGGAUUGCGAAACGGGUUCGUGAAGGGGCAGGAGAAUGACACGAGCACGCACAGCUUUAACCGGAACGGGCAGACUGGCGGUUACAAGCCGCGUAGGACCGGAAGUAGCGAUGGCGGCGCAUACGCUGGUGGCGCGGCGCGUCACAAGGACGAGUCGUCCGGCUCGCCGUCCCAACCGAAGAUCAUUUUCAACGAGGACGAGUACACGAGGAUCACGACGCCCAGGCAGGACAUGCUGUUCAAAAAGGGCUACCUGUCGAAGAAGAAGCCGUGGGCCGGGAACACCAACACCAGCGCGACGUCUUCGACCACCGAGAGCCAAUCGGCGUCGCAUUCCACCGCAGGUAGAGAUGGCAGUGAGACGACCGAGGAUCAACAACUGCUGGACAGGGACUGCGGUACCGGCGAGUAUCCGCCAAUGAUGGACUCCAACGCACAGUUAGGAUAUGGGACGUUUUACGACCACGUGGGUGGUUACUAUUACGACUAUCCUGUGAUGUUGGUCGGUCCUGCGCCGAUGCCAGCGCAGAUUGCACCGAGCGUUUUGGCGGCCGUGCCUUGCGCACCUGUUCCUCUUAGGCCGAUAGAGUGGAUUAAUCCGACUUUCGUACCCAAAAUGCCUGGCCAACCGUACUGCAUGAUGAACUACGAGAGCAACCAAAGCAUAGAGGAGAACACGGUGAUAGAGGAGCAAGAAGACACGGUUCUACCAACGGAGACUUCCAACGGAAUUUGCAACGAGAGCGGAACGGGAAGCACAAGUUGCAGCGGUAGCGUAGCCGAAGAGACGGAGGAGCAACCGAUAGAAUUUACCAACGCGAAGGACGAACAGCAGGCCGAUGAACAAAUGGAGGAGCAAAUAGAGGAGCAAUACGGGGAUGAACAACAAACGGAGGAACAGCCUUUGGAGAACGGGAUGAACGGUGGUCCCUACUUCGAACCGAUGCUGAUGCAGCAACCGGUACACGUUUCUCACGUGAUACCAGCGGUUCCUCAGCCUUACAUGUACCCUGGCCACUACAUGUUUGGUCCUCCAUUAAUCAACGUGAAUGGUGUUACGAUACAGGGCGGGCCCAUGAUCAGAACCACAGACGUUGCAGCCAUGUCGGCGGCCUAUGCCAAGCGAAGAAAGAAAAAAAAGAGAAGGAAGCAGAGAAGACUUGCUACGGGUAAUACGGAGGACGAGGAGGAAGGAGAAUACAGCUCCGAGUGUGAUACCGGUCUACCGUCUUCCCGACUGUCUUGGACAGCGUGUUCAACUUCGACCACAACCACGACCACGACAACGAUCAGCAAUCGGCCGCUGAACCCCGAGUGUCAGGAGUUCCAGCUGCGACAAGUCGUUAAAUCUCAUACCUCUCUAUCCGCUAUUCCAACCUCCACCAACAGCACGCUUACGUCCGAAACGAGCUCGGCGACCAUCGACAACGAGGCCAACGAGGUAUGCAACGGUGUCGUGUCCGACGACUGGAAGAACCAAGACGACGAACUGACUGAUAACAGCAAGUCUGAUCAACAAUUAGAACCGACGUCGACCUUAAUAGAGAACAGUCAAUCGAGAUCGCUGGAGGUGACCAGCAAUUCGGAUAACGAAUCGAAUAGACUGAUAAACUGCCUCCCCGAGGACAAGGAGACAGCUCUUUCGACGAACGAGGUCGCGAGCCAGGCGACCGAGGUCGAGAAACUGCCAAGCAUUACCUACAAAGCAGCGAAUAACGAUUCAUCGAGUGCCAACGAGCUACACGAACGACCGAACAACGAGAAGAUGAACGAAGAAAUCUUGGUCAACAGAAAGGUGGAUCGAUCCGAUUCGAGCAACAAGGACGCGUCGUCGUCGUCAACGACGCCGCCGAGGCCAUCGUCUCCGGUGUCCAACGACGAAACGACGAGGUCCAGAUCGAUCACGCCGAAGAACGUGGAGAACGUAGCGAUUCGCGAGGACCAGAAUCACGAGUCUUUAUCGAACAGUAAGUCAUCGUCGUCGACGAGUCUGUCGAAAAGGAAGUACACCGCGAAAGGCACGAAGUUCGUGAGGGAACCGACACCCGGUCCGGAUCUGAACAGUUCGACGGAGCCAGAGAGUGAAACGAAUGUACAUGAUCUGACUCAGGGUUUGGAGAAGAUCGAUCUGUCGAACGACGAUACGAAGACGAUAGACUCGAAGUUUGUCGAUGUUUGUGACGAUAAAGUGAUAAAGGAUGAUCAGGUAUCGAGUAAAUUCGGAAUGAAGGCAGCAAUGUGCAGUCGCGUGAGUAAAGAGGUGAUCGAGGCGACGAACGAAGAUUCUGGGUUUGAAAGUCAGACGCAGCUGUCUGAUUAUCCGAUCACGGAAGCGGUGACGGAGUGGCUACGGAGGGAGAAGUCGCCAGAUUUGUUCAUCACGUCGGCCAUCUCGAUGGAUUGCGAGGAGGACGAGGACGAUAUGGACGAAGAGCCGCCAAAAAACUUGCAAGGCAACCCCAUGCCUGCACUAUCUGUUAAUAGCGGUGCGGACAAUGCGACAUUGUCGCGCGCGGCUAACUGCGGGGAAUUCGCAGGGAUCAGCAACAUCAAGGGUGGACAAGAACAACAACAACAACAACAACAACAACAGCUGGAUGGUAGUAGCAACAACAGUGGUGCUUCAAGAAGAAAGAAAGACGCGAAGAAAAGGUCGGAGGAACGGAGACGAGUAGCCAGGCACGUGGUGGAUGACAGGGUGGACCACGAGGUGGUGUCCUCGUCAGAUUCUUGCGGCCAACAGGAGAUCUUGGUGAACAUCGCGAGGAGGAAGAAUCUGGCUAAGCAACAGCAGCAAGAUGUUGUUGGUGACAUUUGCGAAUUUACUGAAAAGGAUAGCAUUGCGGGUAUGAGGGUUGCUUUAAGCUCUCGGAUGGACUCGAAGAGAGUCAAUGCAAGGCGAACGAAAAGACAAGGGAAAUCGCAUUCGCGGAAUCCCUCGAAUAAUAUCGACGCGAGGAUUCGACGUAUAGAGGACGUGGAUGACGAGAAUGACGAAGGGAUUGUCGAGGACACGAUGAACGUGAAAACGUUCGAGAAAGGCGAGAUCGUGGUCUCGGAGGAUGGAAAGUUGUUAACGUCUUCCACGUACGAGCCGAGUCUGCGAAAUUGUCACGACGCUCCAACGGCGAUCAAAGCCCUUAACAAGAAUGAAAUGACCAAACAACAGUCGAUGGAGAGGAAGAUGGAGGAAGAACGGAAGAGGAGCAGCAGCAUCGAGGAUGAAGAAAGUGGUAGCGGGAUAGGUUCCUUGGACAGCAUAGAAGAGCCUGACGUGUUAGAAUGCUGGGAAGCUGAAAUCAUCGAGCCUCUGGUUACUCCAAAGAGGAUGUUGCAAAGUGAGGGAAUACUAUGCGACGGAGAGGCUGCGGAGGACGAUACCAUCGAAGUCGAACAGGUUAACGUCGACUACGUGCAGAAAUACUAUCGAUUGGCACGCGAGAGCGCUACUAGUAUCGAGGAGAUCAGCUUAAAGACAGAUCCACCAACGUCGUCGAAAUCAGUGCCAAAUAUGUCUGAACAGAAGGAUGAGAUUCCACCGCAGAGGAAGGAGCUCGCUGGAGACAAAAGUAGCGUCCCAAUCGACGAAGCUUUCGAAGUGUACGAAAGCUGUUACACCGGGAACUCUCCGUUUCUAGCGAUCGAUUCGAAAGUUUUCAAAUCACGAACGUUGUACGGCCAGGAAGGCGAGACCCCAAUACCAUGCAAGGCGGUUUGUUGCCAGAUUCAAUGAUUUUGCGAGUAUUUUUAUCGAAAGCCUCGUUAUAAGCGUACACCUCCACAGGGACGUUUUUAAAGUACUGAUGUCAAGGCCGUCCUUUUCUAAAUAUCAUAAGCCUCUGACGUUGUACUAUUUACUGAUUUAUAUAUAUAUAAACACAUAUAUCUAUCUGUCUCUCUCUAUAUAUAUAUAUGUGUAUGUAUAUCACGUACUCGUUCUGAUGGAAAACGCGUGUAUCCAUCUAUUUAUCAUUAUGUUUUUCAUUAUUAUUAUUAUUGUUGUUGUUGUUAUUGUUGUUGUUAUUAUUAUUAUUAUUAUUAUUAUUAUUAUUAUGCGUUCUGUAAUUGCAUCGAGCGAACUAUCGAAAGACAAGAGAAACGAAAAGAAACAACCCUGUGGAUCGACAUUCGGAAGUUCAUUCGAAAGUUGGAGGCAUGCUCAAAGGCAGCUGAUAAUGUAAUAAAAGCCUAUCGCUAAUCAUUUUUGUAAAUAGCUUUUAAGAAGUCGCUCUCGCAAAUCGUGUUUCACAGAUAAGUUUCGUUGAGAUGUUAUAUCCAUGAGAGAGCAUAUAUUACUUAUACAUAUAAUAUUUUCGACCUUAUUGUCAAUAUGUAAUUUGGUGCACAUAUUCCUUUUUUUUUUCUUUUUGUUUCUUUUUCAUAUUCAUUCAUCUUCUUUUUCUUUCGUUCUUUAAAAUGUACCAAUGAAAAAAGUUCGUUAUAUAUGGUAUAUCGUUUAAAAUGAAUCGAGCUUAUUAAGAUUCAAAUAAUCGGUUUUCUGAAUUGUAUAAAUACCAUGAAUUGUGAAGUCUGAGCUCUAUGAAAUAGAGUAAAACAACAAAAACAAAAAAAAA